GAUGUCGUUACGACCGACGCUUACGAUUGGCUGAUCCGACGAAGCCGGUAGUUCAGUGCUGUUCGACGUAAACAAAACUGUUCGUUGGCGAACCACUAAACAAAACGUGACCUCGUUAAGCCGAGAUAUCAAGCAGGAAGGACUCAUUCAGCAGCUAUACUGCUUUAUGUUCCAUAUUUGCAACAAGGUCAGCCAUGAGUCUCCACUUCCUUCUUCUGGUCUGCCUGGCAGCAGCCUUGUCCUCUGCUGUCGUUACUUCACCAAUCAAUUUAUGGACCAAACUGAUCCUGACACAGCAGUGGCCCAAAACCUUCUGUUCUACGGAGCAUUGCCAUCUCAACGUUACUUACUGGACACUACAUGGACUGUGGCCUAAUAAAGGGGAAUUCUGUAAUUCUUCCUGGCAUUUCAACCCCACUGAAAUAGAGGAUCUGAUCCCAGACAUGAAGAAGGUUUGGCCAGAUCUGCUUCACCCUUCUACUUUUAACUUCUGGAAGUACGAGUGGUCUAAACAUGGAACAUGUGCAGCAGAAGCUGCUUCGCUGAAUAGUCAACACAAGUAUUUCAGCAAGGCCCUGGAAUUAUAUCAGAAGGUGGAUUUGAACAGCAUGCUGCAGAAGGCUAACAUUAUCCCCUCUGACAAAUACUACACUUUUUCUGAUAUUGAGCAAGCGAUGGAAAAUUUCUAUGGCGUGAAACCUAAGAUCCAAUGUGUGCAUCCAUCAACGAACUCUGAGGCCCAGACUUUGGGACAGAUUGAGAUCUGUUUUGAUGAUGACUUCACUCUGCAAGACUGUGAGAAACAUUUUGCCACUAAUACUCUUUCAAGAGGAAAGUGGGACCAAAACAAAUCCUCUGACCUCAGUGUGUGUUCUCCUGACAUACCAGUUUAUUACCCACCUGCUUCUUAAAUGCAAACAUGUUCAAACUGGGGAGCUAUAGCUCACUAAAUAUAUUCUUUUACCUUUUUAUGGACAAAAACAGUUGGUUUUUCUUUGUAAAUGGAUUCUAAUUUAGCAUGUACACUAAUAAAUAAGCAAUUUUACCCUGUUUAGCAUUCACAUUUAACAAUUUUGAGUUUGUCAGGUUUACAAAUGUAAUUAAUUGCACAUUUUGAGGAAUGCUUGAAUUCAAGUUGGCUUAAACCAUAAGGCUGUUUGCAUGUACAGCAAAAAAAAACAAAACCCAAAAACACUCAUGGAAACUAAAAUGUUCAGUUUAGUACAGUCAGUUUUUGUGUCCUAUUUUCACAGGAAACCCUUUAUAUUGAAAAUGUUUUUUUAAGGAUUUAUUGGGUUUCCUUGAUGAUAGACUUUAUUUGUUUAUGAGAAUUCAGGUCUGAAUCCAUGAAGAGCCUGAUAAUUUCUGAUAAACAUAUAAAAUUAUGUGUUACCAGCAACUUUAUAUUGCUGAAUACUGAGGAAAAUAUAAUACUCCAUUGUCUGAGCUAAUGGAAUCAUAAAGAUGUUGAAGAAAAAUAGCCCAAGCUUAGAGCCUUGAUGUACUCCACAUGGGAUUUUUUCUUGCCCUGAAUUAUUAUCACCAAAUGGCAUAAAGUAAUUCAAGUCUGGAAAAGAGGAUCACACUUGUUUUGCACUGCAACAGACAAUUCUAUCAGUGAGAAUUUUAUGAUCCUUUGUUUUGAACACCUACAUCCAGUAAAACCAAAACAAAAGCUUUGUGAUUUGUUGUUGUUAAAACACAUCCAAUUCAGAUUCUGUUGUGUAUUUUCUCUUAUUUUGUUAACUGGUAUUGCUUGAUCAAUGGGGAUGAAAAUGGCCUUUACUUUAAAGUGCCUUUCUUUGUAACUUCUUUGUCAUUUAUUUGACCUUUCUGAUGAUUGUUCUGCCUUUUAAAUUUUUGCCAAGUAUAUAAAAUGAUACUCUAGAAGGUUAAAUAAAUAUGAACUGCCUGUGAAGACAGAUCUAUUCAUGAAAAGUGAUUAUUUUUAAUUAUAUUUUCUAUCAUGUUAUGUUUUAAGUGUAGCAAACUGAUUGCUUGAUGUGAAAUAACAUUAUCUGCUGUCAAAUGUCCUAAAAUUAGCAACUGCACAAUGCUGUAAGUUCUUAUUUUUAAUAUUAAUAAAUCUAUCAUUUUGAUUCUCA